GAUUUGUAGGGGAUUGGACCAGUAUGGUGUGUGAUAUUGUGAGCGAAAAAUAUACGGAAAAAUUAUGGUGAUAGUUAAUCAAAAUCCAAAAUAACACGUUUUCUUUAGUGUAACAUGCGUUUUCCUCAGUCGUGUGUAGUGACGAUAGAGUGAUUGUUGACCUUAUAGUUAAAUAAACUAUUCGUUCAAGGAUUUUAAUUCAUAAAAAUAGGAUCUACAAUAAUACGGUUCCAUCAUUUUAGCUUUAGCUGUAGUUUUUGUAUAAUUUGAAUUGAGAAUUCCUAAAUUAAAUUAUAUCGCACCCUUCCAUUGCGUAUUAGGUUAUAUAAAUAAGUGCAAAUUUAAUCAACUGAACAGUUUUAUUAUAAAGCAGCGUAGGUGUUAAAUCUCUACUUAGUUACGUAGUAGGUGUAAGUAGAGUUAUUAUGGUUUAAAUAUCAUAACCUACUUAAAAUGAAUAUUGUCUCGAUAACGUCUAAAUAGAUCCUAUAUCGGUAUAAUCCCAUGUACUUGUAAGUCAUCGAACACAUUAUAAGUCCACAUUUCUUAACUUAUCUCGGACUAACCUGGAUGUGUUCAGACAUCUUUAUAUGUUUUGAAGAAAAGUGUCAUGUUAUAAAUUAAUUUAUCCUCAUAUCAUGUCAAUCCUGGAUUGCGGAUUUCUGUGGCAAUAAAAUAAGCUUAAAUCAUUAAAUUUCGUGCUAUAAAAGUGUACAUAAAAUAUCAAGUCAUUAGUCGCUUGAAGAGAAUAUUUCGGUAAUCGGCAUGGAGUGCUCCAAGUUCAUAUAUCAUCUAAUUAUCCAGAAUUAGCGCCUGCUUGCAGCUUUUCAGAGCUUAAAAUGCCAAGGUCGGCUGGUGGGUCCGGUAGCUCGCACGGCCUCGAGGAGGCCAGCGACGGUAGCGACGCCGACCGACCGCGCCGCCACCAUCUGCGGGUACCCUCCACUGUUUACCCGGGACAGUCGACCGGCAACUUCGCAUCGGGCGCGGGUGGCGGGGUCGGGGCGCCGCGCUCCGCCCCCGCCACCCCGCUACAGCUUGAGCCGCAGGCAAGAGCCAGCAAACACGACAAGCAUGCAGUGAAACCGCUCUCGGGCUCGGCGCCGUCGGUGCGGGCGGCCGCGCUGGCCGGCUCCGAUGAGACGACGGAGUGCAAGCAGCCCAGCAAGUCUCGCCAGAAGAAGUUCCAGCGGCACUUCCCGCAGGUCGGCCCGGAGGAGCGAGUUCUGAAUUAUUAUUCAUGCGCCCUGGUAGGCGACCUCCUCUUGCAGGGCCACUUAUAUAUAACGAAGAAUUAUUUCGCAUUUUAUUCCAAUGUUUUUGGAUAUGUGACUAAGUUGUUAAUACCCACAUCGUCCGUGCUCCGCAUCACGAAGGAGAAGGUGGCGCGUAUAAUCCCGAACGCGGUGGGCGUGUGCACGCGCGACGAGCGACACGUGUUCGGCUCGCUGCUGUCCCGCGACGCGACGUACAAGCUGAUGACGCACGUGUGGAAGGCGACGAAGGUUCCAGAACUUGCGGUCCCGAAGCCUCAGGAUUUGCGAACGUCAGAAGCGGAAUUAGAAGCGUCCGAGUAUUCUCCAGAAGAUGACAGCAGUUCUGGUGGUGCAGACCACAUCGACUCCUCGAAGCCCGUGCGCCACGAACCAGAAGUUAUUAUGGCAGCUGCGAGCGCGGCGGUGAUCCAGCCGGCGCUGCUGACGGGCGGCGGCGGCGCGGCGCGGCGCGGCGCGGCGCCCGCGCACCUCGCGCUGGCGCUGCUCGCGCUGCUGCUCGCCUGCUCCGCCGCCUUCCUCGCCUACCGCCUCUACUGCGUCGCGUACCGACCCCGCGACGACAUGUCGGGGCUGUCGGGCGAGGAGAUGUACGGCGAGCUGGUGCGGUGGCGCGCGCGCCUGCACGGCCGCGCCGCCGACGAGCUGCACGCCUUCCUCACCACCAACCUGCUGCUGCUCACCAAGGUCAGAGAAUCCUUAGAAGCGCUAUCCGGUGUGAUACUAACGGAUAUGGCGGAAGGCGGCGCUAACGUAAACGACGUUCCCAACGAGACGCUGUUCAGUUAGCGAGUGAGUGAGCGAGUGAGCGAGUGAGCGAGAGUGUGAGUGAGAGUGUGGCUGAGUGACGUCCAGUGAGUGAGUGAUAAGUGAAUUUAGUGAUAUUUGUAAGUACGACUUGAUUCGUUUGGAUCUGCUGGUACCUUUGAGUUAGUCAUGCGUCCACUUUGGGGUUUUUUUCGUAUGUAUGAAACGAACAAUGUUUUUAAUUUUACAAAAAAAAAAUAUUUUCUUUAUUAUCAACACACUAAUAUGAAGGUAAAAUUAUUAUUAACACACUAAUUUAUAUUGUUUGACUAUAAUCAGAGGUAUCAGCAGUGCACAGUUCGAUUGCUGUGAUCCAACAAGUUACAUAGAUUUCUAUAUUAGAAUUUCAUUUGAUAACAUUUAUUUUUGUUUGAGCGUAUCCAAAGAGCGGCUUUUGUGAUUACUUUGUAUAUACCAGUAAACGCCUAUGAGGCGAAGCUAGGUCACAGUGUCAAACACGUGUUAGUUAAGCGUUAAAUAUAUCAGUCAUUGAGAAAUAUUGCUGUCUCGCUCUAAUGUUGCGGAGCAGAAAGAGAAAGCAAUACACCCCACAGUCGCGUGUCGGUGUCGGAUUCCGUUUGACUCUCGACUAAAAUCCUUUUAUAUGAUACACCGUUAAAAUUAACGUAGUUUUGAUAACUACUAGGUUAAAAUAAAAUUCAUAGAUUUAAAUAGGACGGUGUCGCACGGAUUUUUGAUUUAGUAAAAUUCGGAUACAACAUUGUAAUGUAACAAAGAGAUUAUGUAGCCAAUGUGUAGGUAAUACAAUAUUAUAAUUGCUUGCUUAAUUUAUGAUGCAUUUCCAAGGGUAGUUGUAAUUCUGUAGUUUCGUUUACAUUCACGCGGAGUGAUGUUGUGUGAUAAUUUCUAAAUUGGUGCUAGUUGUUGUUAAGAUCGCGGACACAUUCCUCUGUUGAGAUAGUACAGUUUGUAUGUACAUUUAUUUUUUAUUGUUAACAGUACAAUGAAAUAGGGAUGAGAUGUAUUAAACCGAUAUUAUAUAUAUAUACUGACCUUAUUAAUAACAGAUUGCGAAUAAGAUUGCAAAAUUAAUAUACUUGUAAAUAUACUUAUUCAAUUUCCUUAUUAAAAUAAUUUAUUAUAUUUAAUAAUUAUUAUAUAGAGCCGGUCUCUUUGAUAUACACGUGCAAGUAAUUUUUCUGACAUCAAUUAUAUGUUGUAUGGUAAAUAAUAAAAUGAAUUGUUGCAUUGAACUCAUCACUAUUUUAUUGUAAAGAGAAUAUUUUGCAGCGCUGUAACUUUAUAGAGAAUAAAAUAAAUAACACUACAUGAUAUAGUUUAUCACAUAUUUCUUACAAAAGUAUCUCAUUUAUUUAAUAAUAUAUACAGAAUUCGGUGAUUCAGACUUGGUAAAGAUAUAUAAUAUAAAAAGAUAUAGCUCAGGAGGGAAAGAGGGCAGUCUCGAAAACCACAAGACCCCGUUUCGACCAAGUAGUUACUCUUUGGUAGUGAACUGUUUGUUAUGAUAUUGUACCUUGCUGAAAUUAAUGCAAAUAUAUUCUUAGAGGAUACCAACCUCUAGAAUUCUCGUAAAUGCUGUUAUUUAUUUUAUUCUGUCUAAAGGUACAUCACUACAAUUUCUUGCCAAAAAACUUGAUUUUAUUUCGAGGCAUUCGACCUUUUCAAUAUUUCGGUUACACAUAGAUAUCGCUACUAAUGUUAGUUAUGUAAUUUCGUGUAAUGUAAUUUAUUAUUCUAGUCUUUAGUAAAGCUCAAGUUGUCAAUAUGAAGUUAUUUUGUGUACUUACACAUAAGUGGAGCUUCGUUUAAUUAAUAAAAUCAAGUAUCCGGCUAUUAUCCUUUAUAUCGGUUUGUUGUAGCGCUAUUGGGUUAUAUUGUAAACACAUAAAAAUCUGUGAAUAACUUUAUUGUGAUUGACUCGUAAUACCAAGAUAUUCGCGGCACAUGUAGUGAUGUCAGUGUGUCAGCAGUGAACAGCUAUCUUUAUCUGUUAUUCUCUAUUCGACAUAUGAGCGAAAGAGAGAACGCUAACCAAAGAUGGCCGAUUUUAGUUGUCAAUUGUCGGAUAUAAUUGUUACCAAACUAUAUUUUUGGAUUGAAUGCGUUUUUAUUGUUUAUUUCCUAGAGUGCAAGGAUCCUCACUCUAUGGAUGUUUAAAUAUUUUAUUUAGUACAAAUUGAUAUGGUAUUAGCUGGUAAUUUUUACCCUCUUUCGACCUAACCUAAUCAUACCCAUCAAGGUUGUUUGAUUAGGUUUAUAUUUUAAACCUAAGUAAAAAUACACCUGAAUAUAAUCCUAUAUCAAAUAAUAAAUUUAAAUAGAUCACUCAUGUUGUAGGACAUAGACCAUAUCAGUUUGAAGCUAUCAAAUGAGCAAAAUAAAAUCCGAAAAUUAGUUUGGUUAGUGUUAUAUUAUAAGUGGGCUUUAAGGGACAUAAAUGUUCAGAAAUGGAUUUAUUUUUCAAUAAACACAUAAUGUUUAUUUUUCGUUGGAUAGUAUAUUUUUGUUGCAGAGUAAAAUAAUAUAUUUUUGUUGGUUUUCAUGAAAUUGUAAUGUGUAUAAUGUUAUGGUGUACAAUUUUAUAAUCGCAAUUUACGUAAUGUGACAGUAACUGCAUUUAGAUAGUAUUCCAAUGAAACGUAGAUAAAAACUCACGUAGGGCAAUGUUUUAAGAAAUUUACAAUGAUUUUGAGGCCAGUUUUACGUCUCACGUGCUUUUUAGUUGUACCAUGUAUUCGAAUAGUUUAUUUUAAAAUUGUAAUGAUUUAGAUAUUAAAACUGUUAUUCUUGUGUUACUGUGACAACAAUAUAUUGCUAUGACCAGGUUACCACUAGUGCCAAAGUGGUAUUUAUUUAGCUAGGCUGUGUAAACUAUAUCCUAAGAACACAAUAAAUGUUAUUGCCAAAGACAGCAAGACUAUCAUACUAGUUGAUAGAUUCAUCUUAUACUUGGUGGAUAUUUCGCGCUAUUUUGGUAAAAUGUAUAUAGAUCGACAUUCGUAAAUUAAAUGAAAACGUUUCUUAUGUAAAUGUUUGUAUAUCUUUUGUAUACUUAUUACAAUGGCUGUAAUCAUGUGGAAUCAAAUGUACAAUUAUGUAUUAUUGUGUAAUUAUGAUUAUAUGGAUUGUUGCAUGUUUUUUGUUGAGCUAUUUUGAGAGUAAAACCCAUUGUAGAUGCGUGUCGGGAGCGAUGAGUUUUUGUUUAGUUUACGAUUGUCAGUAUUCGCUUAAGCCUGUUUUCUUCGGUAAUUGUAAUUAAGGCGAAACGCGAUGUAUAUCGGUCGGAGAAUUUUCUACAAAUUGUUAUGGGUUUUAUUGUAAAUCGGUCAUUUGUAUAUACGAUUCAAAGGGUUCAGUUGUUAUUUGAUGUAAAUAAUAGAUAGCGGAUUUUAUUGAA